AUGGAUAGGAACCUUCUGGAUGCAGCUAGUGGAGGAGUCCUGAGCAAUAAAACACCUAAUGAGGCCAAGGAGCUGAUUGCUGAGAUAGCUGCUAAUGCUCAACAAUUUGGCACUAGAGCAAGCAGCAGUGCAGUGUUCCAAGUGCAAACUUCUCCAAUGCAAAAUCCAAUAGUGGCAGCAGCAGGAGCAUCAAGCACAGAUAACCAGAGAAUAGAGAACAGGCUUGAUGAGUUGACAUCAAUGGUGAGGCAGUUGGCAGUGACACAGACAGUGCAACCUUCUGCUCAACAGACAAACAACCUGUGUGGCAUCUGUUGUGAUCCUUCUCAUCCCACGGAUGCUUGUCCUUCCUUACAUGACAGCGGUUCCCAAGUUGACCAGUCUGUUGCUGCAGUUUUUCCUGAAAAUCCACAGCACCAGCACCAGCAGCAAAAUAAUCCAUUCUCCAACACUUACAAUCCUGGCUGGAAGAAUCAUCCCAACCUCAUAUGGAACCAGAAUCAGCAAAAUGUCCCAUAUCAGAGUCAACAAAAUUUACCAUUCCAGCAGAGGCAGCAGUUUGUGCCUCCACAACAGAGGCAAAAUUUUCAACAAUUUGCCCCUCAGCAGCCAAUGCAGCAGCAGCCACCAACAAUUCCAAAUCCAAAGGGAACCGGCAAUGUUAGUGCCAUCUCUCUGCGGUCUGGCAAGCAACUGGAGGAACCAAACCAAUCUGCUGUUAAGUCAUCUCAAGGAGGUGACACUGGUUCAAGGAAGCAAAAUACUGAUACUUCUGAUGUCCACAUCCCGUUACCUUUUCCUCAAAGAGCCACUCAGUUUAAAAAGCAAGCAGCAAAAGCUCAAGAUAAAGAGAUUCUUGACACCUUCAGAAAAGUAGAGGUCAAUAUCCCACUCUUGGAUGCGAUUCAGCAAAUUCCAAGAUAUGCUAAGUUUCUGAAGGAGUUAUGCACCAACAAGAGGAGGCUGAAAGGAGAUGAACGAGUCAGCUCUCUUGGUCUUGGUCCCUCGCGUGCUACUGGUAUUGUUGUUCAGUUAGCCAACAGGAGUAGUGUUCAUCCUUCUGGUGUAGUUGAAGAUAUAUUAGUUAGGGUGAACAAUCUGAUUUUUCCUGCUGAUUUCUAUGUCUUAGGGAUGGAGGGUGAGAUUCCUAGUAGUACAAUUAUACUUGGUAGACCUUUCAUGAAAACUGCUAGGACUAAGAUAGAUGUGCAUGCUGGUACUCUUUCCUUAGAAUUUAGUGAUAGCAUGGUUAAUUUUAAUAUUUUUGAUGCCAUGAAAUUUCCUAGGGAAGAGCAUUCUAUUUUCUAUAUGGAUGUAAUUGAUGAAAUGAUGGAUGAUAUCUCUACUGACUUAACUGCUGAAUAUCCAGAAUUAUCAUCAUUACUUGAUUCUGCUCUGUCAUGUGAUUGUACCGAUAGUAGUAACUGUACUGCUUGUGCUGAGAUAGCUUUGUGUUGUUCUGAUUUUAAUCAUGUAUUGAAUGAUGAUUUGCACAGUGGUUCUGCAUUGGUGUUGAAUUCUGAGUUGCCUGUUGAAAUUAUUGAAGGUUCUAUUUCUGAGAAUUUGAUUGCAGGCAUAGAUGUUAAUGUGUUUUCUGCAGAACCUGCACCCACUAGACUUCUCCCAUCCACUGAGCAACCACUUAAGUUGGAAGUGAAGGAUCUACCUGACCAUCUGAAGUAUGCAUAUCUGGAGGAAAAUGAGCAGUUACCUGUGAUAGUGGCCAAGACCCUUCUACCUGAGUGGGAGGAAAAACUUCUGACAUUGCCGAUAUAG